GCGGCGCUCGGGCCUGGGAUGUGGCCGGUUCUCUGAGGGGGCCCUUUUUCUGUUCCAGUUUCCCCUUCAGCAUCUCGCAUCACAUGCCCCGGCGAGAGCGGGAAGAGCACGUUCAUCAAGCAGAUGCGCAUCAUCCACGGGGCGGGCUACUCGGAGGAGGAGCGCAAGGGCUUCCGGCCCCUCAUCUACCAGAACAUCUUCGUGUCCAUGCAGGCCAUGAUCGAGGCCAUGGGCUGGCUGCAGAUUCCGUUCAGCAGGCCCGAGAGCAGGCACCACGCCAGUCUGGUCAUGAGCCAGGACCCCUACAAAGUGACCACUUUUGAGAAGCGCUGCGCCGUGGCCAUGCAGUGGCUGUGGAGGGACGCCGGCAUCCGGGCCUGUUAUGAGCGUCGCCGGGAGUUUCACCUGCUGGACUCGGCCGUGUACUACCUGUCCCACCUGGAGCGCAUCACUGAGGAGGACUACAUCCCCACGGCACAGGACGUGCUCCGGAGCCGCAUGCCCACCACCGGCAUCAAUGAGUACUGCUUCUCCGUGCAGAAGACCAACCUGCGGAUCGUGGACGUCGGGGGCCAGAGGUCGGAACGGAAGAAGUGGAUCCACUGCUUUGAGAACGUGAUCGCCCUCAUCUACCUGGCCUCGCUCAGCGAGUACGACCAGUGCCUGGAGGAGAACAACCAAGAGAACCGGAUGAAGGAGAGCCUGGCCCUGUUCGGCACUAUCCUGGAACUGCCCUGGUUCAAAAGCACGUCCGUCAUCCUCUUCCUCAACAAAACUGACAUCCUAGAGGAGAAGAUCUCCACCUCCCACUUGGCUACCUACUUCCCCAGUUUCCAGGGCCCGAAGCAGGACGUGGAGGCAGCCAAGAAGUUCAUCCUGGACAUGUACACUAGAAUGUACUCCAGCUGCGUGGACAGCGCCGACGGGGGCAGGAAGGGUCCGCGCUCCCGGCGACUCUUCAGCCACUACACGUGCGCCACGGACACGCAGAACAUCCGCAAGGUCUUCAAGGACGUGCGGGACUCGGUCCUGGCCCGCUACCUGGACGAGAUCAACCUGCUGUGAGCCAGGCCCCGCUGCCCCCGGGCUCAGACCCGCGCGUGGCAGGCGGGACCUGCGGGCGGACCGGUGCUCAGGGAGCCCAGAUGCCGCUUGUCGCUCGGCCCCGGGUCCAGGUGGCCGAAGGGCUGUGAGUGAGUCAGAGGUUGACGGCGGCGGGUGGUCGUCCCCCUCCUGUCUCUGCCCCUCACUGGGACAGCCCCUGGGUUUGCCCCCCCCCCCUUGACUCAGUUUACCCCCUCGGAAAGGGAGGGCAAGGGCCACUUGGGAUGCCAGGGUGGGGGGAAAAGUGGGGCGAGCAGAGGAUGCAGGAUCUCUCCCGGGCAGAGGCCGGGACCUCCGCGGAGGUGCUGCCCCAGCCCCGGGAUGGGGGGCGUGGGCCUUCCAUCGAGGGACCGGACUCUGGCGCCCCCUGGCGGACAGGAAGCGGCACCGACCCGCUGAGGCCUGGGUAGCGCGGGGACUUCCUGUUCCCGGCUGGAAAAGCGCCCCGGAAAACGCUGUCCCUUUCACGAUCUGAGGCUCACAGGGUGUCCUGCCCUGUUUACAGACGAGGGAACCUGAGGCCCACAGGCAUCCCCCCGCUUCCCAGGCUGGGGGCCGGGCGCACCGCAACAUCCCUUCUGUAUUUAUUCCCUCCCCUUCUGUGGCGCCCCUCGCAGGACAUUAAAGAAACGACCUUCUGGACACCUGUGGUUUCUUAGGGUCGUCCUGUUUAUCACUGCGCAGCCCCUUCUCGGGGCGCCUGUCCCAGGCGGGGUGGCACCACGGGGCAGGAGGGAAGCGAUCGUGUGGACGUGUGGGACGUGUAAGCCCACCCUGUGUUGUCACCCCAAAAUUCCAGGGGCCCCCACCCACCUCGGAUGAAGGUGAAGGUUCAGACGUCGAGGGCUCCACUUACCCGGGACCGCGGUCUCCCGCCCCGGCGGGUCACAAGCCAGCCCACCUCUGCUUUCCGAUGAGGAAACCGAGGCACAGAGACA